CACAAUGAGGAAGCCAGAGCCCUCAGCAGCAGCGGCAAAGAACAACAACAAUAAUUCCAACAACACCAGUAAGCUGAGAAAGGGUUUGUGGUCACCAGAAGAGGAUGACAAGCUGAUGAGCUACAUGAUCAACAAUGGCCAAGGCUGCUGGAGCGAUGUAGCCAGAAAUGCUGGCCUGCAGAGGUGUGGCAAGAGUUGCAGGCUGCGUUGGAUCAACUACCUGAGGCCUGACUUGAAACGAGGCGCCUUUUCCCCCCAAGAAGAAGAACUCAUCAUCCAUUUACAUUCUCUCCUUGGAAACAGGUGGUCACAAAUUGCAGCACGCUUGCCAGGGAGAACUGACAAUGAAAUAAAGAAUUUCUGGAAUUCAACAAUAAAGAAAAGGCUAAAGAAUUUGUCAUCCUCUAAUGCCUCACCGAACACAAGCGAUUCAUCCUCGGAGCCUAAAGAUCAUCAUGCUAUGCUGGCAGGAGGGUUCAUUCCUGGCCAAGAACAUGGCAUGAUGCCUCUUUACAUGGAUUCAUCACCGUCGUUGAUGCAGUCUACGGUCCUCAACCACAUGUUCGAUCCGUUGCCUAUGCUCGAUCACGCCAGCCUAACCUUGCCCGGCGGUGCAGGUGGAUACUACAAUGCCACCCCAUGCACCACACAAAUCAAUGGAGUUGGAGGUGAUUGCUGUUUUGGAGACAAUGGAGUGUUUGGGGUUGGUGGGGGUGUUGACAUUGGGGUAGAAGGAGAGAUAUUUGUUCCUGCCCUAGAGUGUGUGAGCACUGAAGAUCAAAAUCUUAAAACUGAACCCAUCUAUGAUCAUAGGAACACCACUAAUGGCAAUUACUACAAUAAUAUAAAUAGUAUCACCAACACUAAUUACAAUAACAAUAUUAAAGUUGAGAAUAUUGGGGUGGGAAAUUACUAUGAUGACCAGGAAGAGCUAACAAUGGGGGAGUGGGACUUGGAGGAUCUGAUGAAGGAUGUUUCUUCUGCCUCCUUUCCUUUUCUUGACCAUCGAAGUUGAAUCAUUGCCUUCCAAUAUUUUCCAACGAUCUUUUUUCUUUUCUAUCUCUUUUUUCUUCACAUACUUCUUGAUUUAUUUUCAUUUUUCAAACAUUUGAGAUCCUCCUUUCGUUCCAGAAGACUUCCUAGUCAUAGAAUCAAGUAAAAAAAACAGUGUUUUCUUUCUACUUGUAUUACAACCUGGUAUAAGAAGACCUAGAUGAAGUGGUGGGAAUGGGGCUGAAAUAAAGGUCACACUUGCGUAUAUAUAAAGUGACCGGCUGGGGCAGUUUUGUAUGGCGCUGAGAAGCUUCAAUGGUGUCAUACUUGUGAAGGAAGAUGUGAAUAGCUCAUAAAGGUAGGGAGAGAGAUACAUGAAGAUUAAUUAAUAAUAAUUAGUUGGUAUAUAACAGAUAUGAAUUGUAGUUAUUAUGAGAUAUGUACAAAAAGAAUGGCUGGUGGAAUUUUGUUUUCAGUGGGAGAUAA